AUGCUGUUCACCAAGUCCCUCUUGGUAUUCGCGCUCUAUGUGUUUGGCACUCAGCAUGCGCUGGCUGUCCCUGUCAAUCCCGAGUCUGAAGUUGCACGCGCUGUAGAUGUCUCCCUGAAAUCAGGCAGCGGUGAUAGCAAAAGCGACCCGAUCAAGGCGGACUUGGAGGUCAAAGGUCAAAGCGCUUUGCCAUUUGACGUCGAUUGCUGGGCUAUCCUCUGCAAGGGUGCCCCCAAUGUUCUGCAGCGCGUGAACGAGAAGACGAAAAAUAGUAAUCGCGAUCGGAGCGGUGCGAACAAAGGGCCUUUCAAAGAUCCUACGAAAUGGGGCAUCAAAGCCCUUCCACCUAAGACGCCGGCUUGGAGCGCACAGGACUUCAAGUCACCCGAGGAAUACGCGUUUGCUUCUUCCCUUCAAGGUGGAACAAAUGCCAUUCUUGCACCCGUCAACCUCGCUUCUCAGAACUCCCAAGGUGGUGUCCUAAACGGCUUCUACUCGGCGAACAAAGUCGCGCAAUUUGAUCCUAGCAAGCCCAAGGAGACAAAGGGUACAUGGUUUCAGAUCACUAAGUUCACUGGCGCUGUUGGUCCUUACUGUAAGGCUCUGGGGAGCAAUGAUAAGAGUGUUUGCGAUAAGACCAAGAAUAUCGAAGGGAGCUGGGGCUAUGACCCUGCCAAAUGGGCAUAUCAGUAUGACGAGAAGAAUAACAAGUUCAACUAUGUUGCAAGAAGCCAGCAUUCCGACGAAGCCAGCCAGGGUGUCAGUCCAAAUUCCACGCACACAAAUCAAACUGAACAGCGAGCGUCUCAGCGUGUUUCCACAAUUGACAAUGGCAACAAUAGGAAGCUGAUUUCAAUCCACGAGGGCCUUUGGAAUAGAGCUUACAAGGAGCUAAAGGAGAAUCCGGCCAAGGAGAAGUACAUGAAGGCCUAUGAACAACUAGUAUCGGACAUCUUCUUGAGACGGCCCACCAAUGCAUCAGCGUGUGCCGAACCCAUUCAUGGAGUCAAAAGUGAUACUGGCAAUACACCAUGGACCGAAGACCAGCUACAACAUAUUAUUCAGAAAGGGCUGGAGAGAGUCAAUGCAAGCCAGAAGCGGAUUGACAGCGCGUCCGAGGUCUUCGGGACGGUGCAGAACUUGAAACCCAUCUUCAACGCCGUCCUGAGCAACACCCCACAUACUGCCCUUCCAUGGGCGAUCGUUUCCUCCACUAUUGACAUCUUCGCCAACCCAGUUCGAUCAACCAAAACUCUGUACGAUGGAGUCAACCACGUGGUUGAUAGAAUGCAGUGGUACUCGAAGAUAACCGAUAAUCUUCUUCGGACUGGUAGCGAGAACGGCCACCCAAAACUCGAAGAGGUCCGCAGGCAGCUAGAGACUGGUAUGCUCGAUAUGUACAAGUGUAUGCUGUUUUAUGAAAUCAAGAGUGUCUGUUUCUACCACAAAAGCCAGGUUGCGGUAUUUGUCCGUGGUCUUUUAAAUGUCGAUGACUGGGAUGGGAGCCUGACGAGAAUCAAUGAACAAGAAAACGCUCUCCGGUCCGACCUGCCUGACGACGAGUAUCGCGAGUGUCUAAAGUCUUUGGGCGUGGUGAAUCCCGUGCUGAGAACCAGGGAUAUCAUAGCACGGAAGAAUGAGGUUCUUAAAGACUGUUAUAAGUGGGUAUUUCAGACGAAAUCUUAUCAAGAUUUCAUGGAUUGGCAAUGUGAGGACACGCCGAAUCUGCUAUGGAUCCAGGGACAAGCGGGCACCGGCAAGACGAUGCUUCUAGCUGGGAUCAUGGAAGAGUUGAAUACAAUUACCGCUAACUCAGUCGCCCCAACAACUCUACAUUUCUUUUUCCAAGACAAGGACGACCAGGUUGAUCAGAGUUUGAUGGCAGUGAAGAGCCUUCUAUGGUUAUUGCUGAGUCAAUACCCGUAUCUCGUGCAAUAUGUCCAUCGGGAGGCACAGGGUUCCCAGGGGAAUUUAUUCAACGGGGAAUAUGCCUUUACUGUGACUUGUGAUGUGAUAAAAACAAUGCUCCAAGAUGAUAAGAUCGACCCAGUUAUCAUUCUACUCGAUGGUCUGGAUGAAUGCAAUGUGAAGGUCAAGGUGCUCAUAUCAAGUCGUCCUCUAGAAGAGAUAAAAACGGCAGUAAAUAGCAUCAAGUCAGCAACACCAAAGGCUACCCUUGAGGUUGACAAUAUUUCACUUGAGGAACCUAUAACCGCUUUUAUCGAAUGGAACAUUGAUCGAUUAGAAGAGUCUACCGAAGAUAAAAUACUUCUACUUACAAUCAGGAGGGAGCUGCGCAAACGGGCAAGCAAUACCUUCCUCUGGGUUUCACUGGUGUGCCAAGAGCUCAACCAUUACGGACUCCAUAUGUGGGAGAAUAUCCUUGAUGAAAUUCCCAAUGGUCUUGUAGAACUUUACGACAAGCUUCUUGCCAGGUUAGAAGGGUCAAAAUACAAGCGUCAUGUUCAAACUUGCAAGAUGAUUCUUACCAUUUCAAUAUUGGCACGUCGCCCAUUGAGCCUUGGUGAAUUGGCAUUGCUUGCUCAUAUAGGGGAAGGUAUGAUGCGAUCUAUUGUUCAUGACUGCAGGUCAUUCCUCGCUAUCCAGGGAGAUACAGUCUAUCUGUUCCAUCAAUCCGUCCAGGAUUACCUGCAAGAUAACUACAACCGACUGCAAGACAAGCCUCGCGAAUACAUCCACCAAUCAAUCUUCAACUUGUCAUUGAAAGCCAUGGAAAACAAAUUACAAAGAAACAUAUAUAAGCUCCCCUACGCAGGAUCCACCUUCGAUGAGAACCGUCUCCCAGAUCCAGACCCACUAUGUGCGAUUCGAUAUUCAUGUCGCUUUUGGGUAUACCACCUGAAGCACAGCGACUCCAUGUACGAUGCAGGUGAUAUGAUUUACUCGUUCUUCCGAAAGCAUUUCCUCCACUGGCUAGAAGCCAUGAAUCUCAUGCGUAUGAUGCCCGGUAGCAUCGAGAUGAUGGACAACCUGAAACCACUAACCACUUCACAUUCUAUGCUGCACGAGUUUCUUCAGGACGCAAAAAGGUUUACGUUAAAAACCCAGGCCAUCGCGAACCACCCCGCCGAAGUACGCUUUGCAUGCUUCUCGCCCGAUGGUCGAUUCCUAGCAUCUAGCUCUUGGGAUGGUCCAAACUACAGCGUUAUAAAUGUAUAUGAUUCAAACACAGGGGAACUAAAGCAAAAACUGAAAUUUUCCGACUCUUUGAGCUCGUUAGCGUUCUCGCCAGACAGCCAACGUCUAGCUGCGACAUGCUGGGACAACUGGGUCAGGGUUUGGGACACCGUGACAUGGGCCGAAACAGAGAUUUCUCAUCAAUACGAAAGGUCCAUAGCAGGGUUUACUUCAAGAAGCGAGCUUCUGGUCUCUACGGCCGGGUUCUCGACACUUUCAAUAUGGGAUAUAAACGCAUCUGCAUCCUCCCCGAAGAUCAAGAUUGAGACAGGUGCGGAAAUUGGAAGAGUGAUAUUUUCACCUGAUUUUCAGCUGCUCGCUCACACUGGACGGGAUAAAACUAUCAAGAUUUGGAGGUCUUCAACCGGUACGCUUAAGCAAACUCUCGUGAACCAAUUAGGUGGCAUCGAAGAUGUCUUGGCCAUUUCCCCUGCAAAUGACAUGCUCAUCUUGGGAUCUCACAAAUCCUUGCGAUUAUGGAAGAUAGCAACUCAGGAGCUGGCCUUCAUCUUCCCAUAUAGCGGGUCAGUCAAAGCAGUAGCUUUCUGCAGAGACGGCAGUUUAGUUGCAUCAGGGUGUUCAGAUUAUAUCAUCCGGCUGUGGAACGCACGAUCAGGACACCUAGAGCACAUCUUACAAGGACAUGGAUCCAUACCAAUCUGUUUGUCCUUUUCAGUAGAUGGCCAAGUGUUGGCAUCUGGCUCACGGGAUCUCACCCUUAAGCUCUGGGACCUAGCGCAAGGGACAUGGGAUCCAGCAGGGGAUUCCCAACGGAAACACCCCCAAGAACUGGACAGCCACUUGGAUAUGAUCGCUGCCAUCGACAUUUCCCCUGACGAGCAACAGGUCGCAGCAGGAUCUUGGGGCGGCUUGGUUACCCUAUGGGAUUUGAAAACAGGAAAUUUGCAACAUACUUUAAAGCAGACAACGUCUUGUACAACUUUAGUGUUCACGCCAGAUAGCCAGCAGGUAGUAUGGGGAGGCUUUGACUACGGAAGCCACGUGUGUAAUGCGAAAAGCGGGAGUUAUGAGGGGCAAACAGUGAAACGUCCGGCUCUAGUGCGUCUACAGCGCGAGCCCUCAACAUGCAAGCCUGAGGUGCUGUUCGAUAAUGGAUGGGUGGUAGCAGCCAGUAGAGGACAGAGAAUUCUAUGGCUGCCACCUGAACAUCGUCCCGCCUAUUGGGUCGAUUGGAAAUGCAUUGAAUAUGGCAAUAUGCUGAUCUGCGGAACUGAUAAAGGCCAAGUCCAUUUCUAUGAGUUUCAGGUGGAGGGUGAUUUGGCCUGA